AUGUCCACGUCAUCUCUGGCCGCUUCUGCCAAGGCUAUUACCGGCUGUGUGAUUCUUCUUCAACUCUGGGCCUGGGAGCGGAUUUUGACGGUUCAGCCCAAGAUACUGGGUGGGGAUCUCGAUCUAUCUGAUUGUCCAUUGGGCACGAGGUGGUCCCGUGAGAAAAAAGUUCAAGAGUCUGAUUUUGUAUGGAUGCCGUACACGACUCUUUUGGGUCGUAUUGCCAGGGUUUGUCUUGUGGGACAGGGCAUAUGGCGAUCUCAGACAUGGCUCAUCUGCGGUGAUGUCGUUGCGCCACACAACCCCAGUAGGGUAUUUCGCCAAUUUGGUUAUUACCAGCGGAUACCCGGCGACGCAUUACUUCUCACUGCGGCGGAAAUUACUAGCCUGCUCAAGAGAAAGCCGUUUGGAGGAUCCGAUAGGAGAUGGUUACAACAACUAGGGAUAUAUCUCCAGGUUUGGAAUGAUCGCCACGGCCAACUUGUGGGGACUGAUGAUGAUUAUGUUGGCGAGCCUUCUGCAGAUCCGGAGUAUCUCUUGUGGUACCAUCAGGUUACUGUAAAGUAUGUUACGGAUCCGACGAACUCUGAAAAUGCGAGGGGUUUUCACGGUUCUGCAGAGACUUUGCGCCUCAUGGCCACAUUGAUGGAGGACGUUCGUAGUCUGAGUAUUAUAGGCCAGCGUACUUUCGACGCGGACUCCUUUGGUUAUGAUCGCUUAGGCGAGAUUGCCCAGGUUGCUGAGCGGGCGUUGUCCGUCAAUGCAACAAAUGUUGUACGUCACGAUCUCGAUAGGCAUGCUGAGAGUUCGCUAGAUGGCCAGUCGAUACAUUACACGAGUAACUUUCUUUCGAGUAUGUUCGAGGGUGUUGCGGGUCAGCAUCAGGCUGAUGACCCAGUUGAGGGUGAGCGUGAGAGUCAGGGUGAAGAUGAGGCUGAGGAUGCAGACCAGGAUGAUCAGUUUGAAGGUCAGGGUUAUCAGCGCCAUGAGGAGCAGGGAUUGAGUCAGACUCUAGGGACUCCACCGUUGGCUGUGAGUAAAGGCCAGAGAGUGACGAAGGAGCCCGAUAGAUUGACUUAUAGCCUUUUUCGGGCUAAAAAGCCCAAGAAGAAGUAG